AUGGGGGGAGAGAAGAGGGAACAACGGGUGAGGGGAAUUUUUUGGAAUGUUGCGGGUUUGAAAAAUAAGGAGACAGACUUCUGGGAGUUCUUAGGAAAUUUUGAAAUAAUAGGAUUGCUAGAGACGUGGAUAGAUGAAAAAGAGUGGGGGAAGCUAAAGGAAAAAAUGCCGAAGGAAUGGAGGUGGAAGUGUCAGCCAGCAGAUAGGGAUAAGAGAAGAGGUAGAGCGAAGGGGGGGAUAAUUACGGGAAUAAGGAAAGAGAUAGAGGAAAAUAAGGAAGAGCUUGAAAGUAGGGAGGGGAUACAAGAAAGAAAGAUCAUAUUGAAUGGGGAAAAGUGGAGAGUGGUGACGAUUUAUAAUAGAGAAGGGAGAAAGAAGGGCUUAGAGGAUAUGCAGGAAGUUAUAAAGGAAGAGGAAGGGGGGAAGAUGGUGAUGGUAGGAGAUUUUAAUGCAAGGAUAGGAAAAGAAGGGGGAGUAAGAACUUUAAGUGGAGAGGAGAAAAGGCCGGAGGAGGGGAAAAGAGUAUCAAAAGAUAAAGAGAAGAUAGAUAGGUUUGAAAUAGGAUGUAGAAUAGAGUCAGAUCAUCAGCCGAUCAUAAUAGAUUUUGGAGGAAGGUACGCGAGAAAAGAGGAAGUAGCAGAUGAGGUAGGAAGGAUACAAGAUUGGUCAGAAGAAGGUAUUAACAUAUAUAAAGAAAAAAUAGAGAAAAUAGAAUGGAAAGGGGAGGACGUGCAAGAAGGAUGGGAAGAAUUAGAAUCGGAAAUAAAUUCAGCAGUAGUAUGGAAAAGGACAGGAAAAAGAAGAGGGCUAGGUGGGAGCCCGUGGUGGGAUAGAGAGUGCAGAGAGAAAAAAAGGGAGGUGUUAGGAGGCGAGGAAGAAAAGAAAGAGGAAUCGGGAAUAAGGCAGCAUAUAAACAGAGUAGAAGGAGUGCAGAUAAAUGAGGAAGAGUUUAAAAAUGAAAUCAGGAGAUUGAGGAAGGGUAAAGCAGCUGGUAGAGAUGGAAUUAAAAAUGAAGCAUUGAUUUGGGGAGGGGAAAAGAUUAGGAAAAAGUGUUGGGGUAUUGUUAAAAAAAUUGUGCAGGAUCUAGAUGAGAGGGAGGGGUGGAGUAGAUCACAAGGAGGAUUUAGAAAGGGAAGAAGUAUAGAGAAUGUAAAGAUCUUGCAGCAUAUAGUAGGGAAGAGAAUAAAAAGUGGAAAAAAGGUGUGGGCGAUGUUUAUAGAUCUGAAGGCAGCCUUUGAUAGGAUAGAUAGAAAGAUUCUAUGGGAAAUGAUGAAGAAAAGAGGUAUAAGUGAAGAUCUAAUAGAUAGGGUACGGGAGAUAUAUGAAGAAACGAAAUUUGUGGUGAAGAUAGGAGAGGAAAUGUCAGGAGAAUAUCGGGUAGAAAAAGGAGUAAGACAAGGAUGCCCUUUGAGUCCCACCCUUUUUAAUAUAUAUAUAGCGGAUUUAGAAGAAGAACUAAGGAAAGGAAUAGGGGGGGUCAGAGUUGAAAGAGACAAGGUCUGGUCGUUAGAAUAUGCAGACGACAUUGUGAUAUUCGCGAAGGAGGAGGGGGGGCUAAGAGCAAUGAUGAGGGGUGUAAAAGGGUAUCUAGAAAGAAAAAAAUUAGAGUUAAGUGUGGAAAAAUCGAAAGUGAUGGUAUUUAGGAAGAAAGGAGGAAAAGAAAAAGAAAGGUUCUGGUGGUGGGGGGAAAAACGGAUGGAAGAGGUAAAAGAGUACAUAUACUUGGGGUAUGUGAUAACACGAUAUGGAGGGGAAAAAGAACAAGUAAGAGAUAGGAUAAGGAAAGCGACGAUUGCGAUGGGAUGGGUGUGGGGGUAUGGGGAAAGGAAAUUUAAGGGAGAUGUACGAUGGAGACUCAAACUCUUUGAUAGCAUAGUGAAGGGGAUAUUAUACUACGGAGUGGAGAUAUGGGGUUAUAGGGAGUGGAAGGAAGUAGAGGCCCUGCAAGAAAAGUAUUUGAGAUGGAUCCUAGGGGUGGACAGAGUAACACCGGGAUACAUAGUGAGGGAGGAAUUGAGGAGGAAUAAAUUGAGAAUAGAGACGGGGUGGAGAGCGGGAAG